GCUUGAACCAAGCCGAUCGCGCCUGGGCGGCGGGAUCGUCUCGGCUACCGAGGAGGCGCAGGCACUGUUGGCCCGGGAGGUCUUCGAGGUGGCGAGCCGAUGGGCUACGCUGGGCGACCUGCGGCCCGACGUGCUGGCGAGGGCGCUCUGGGUCGAGGUCCACGAAGGCGUGGCGCUGCUCGUCGACCAGGACGGUGGCCGCCUGGUGGAGGAGAUGCGGGGGCUCGUCCCGGUGGCCGUGGCGGCCGCGCCUACGUGGAGGCGCCAUCUUGCGCUGCUGCCCUUGGGGGCGCUGGAGGCCGAGCUGUCCAAGCGGCGCCGCGCUGCCCGCGUCGCCGAGACGUCGAUGGUGAUCGAGGAGGCCAAGCGGAGCGGUUUCCAGGCGCGGCUGGGCCACGCGCUGAACUACGUGCAGCUCCCGGUGGUGGGGGAGCUCGGCCAGGUCGGCGACCCGCAGGAACCCCUGGGCUACCUGGCCGCUGGUCGGCGCGCCUCGUCGCUCCAGAGCGUCUUGGGCGCCAGUCGCCGGAUGAGGGCCUGGCUGGAGACUGCUCAUAUCAUCUUCGACCAGCUGAACAUCUUCGACCAGAUGGGCUCCUUCAUGGCGAAGCGGGACUGCGGCGCGGCGGAGAUUGACAAGGUGAAGAGCAACCUCAAAUACUUCGGCAGCUACCCGGGCUCCCCGCGGAUCUCGGCAACCCAGGGCGCGCCGAUCGGCGCCCGCGACGACGGCUCGGGGGUGCAGGCCUUGGAGGGCGAGCCAGCGGCCGCAGCCCCGGAGGCGAGGGGUUCGCUGAUGGCAGAGCUCGUGGACUUGGACGACGACGACAUCGAAGCCGAGGCGGAGGCGUUGACGUCCAUAGCUACUUUCAACGAGGAGGUGCUGGCGGCGCAGGAUCGGCAGCCCAGCUCUUCGGAACAGAACAGUGGCGCCGAGGCCGGAGGCCAGUUCUUCAGGCCGGUGCAA